UUACUUUAUUUUUUUUGUUUCUCAGGAUGUGAUCUUCGUGGUGGGAAGCUAAGUUUUUAAACUACCCCAAUGGAUGCAGACAGUGAUGUUGCAUUGGACAUUCUAAUUACAAAUGUAGUCUGUGUUUUUAGAACAAGAUGCCAUUUGAACUUAAGGAAGAUUGCUUUGGAGGGAGCAAAUGUAAUUUAUAAGCGUGAUGUUGGAAAAGUAUUAAUGAAACUUAGAAAACCUAGAAUUACAGCUACAAUUUGGUCCUCAGGAAAAAUUAUUUGCACUGGAGCAACAAGUGAAGAAGAAGCUAAAUUUGGUGCCAGACGUCUAGCCCGCAGUCUGCAGAAACUAGGUUUUCAGGUAAUAUUUACAGAUUUUAAGGUUGUUAAUGUUUUAGCAGUGUGUAACAUGCCAUUUGAAAUCCGUUUGCCAGAAUUCACCAAGAACAAUAGACCUCAUGCCAGUUAUGAACCUGAACUUCAUCCUGCUGUGUGCUAUCGGAUAAAAUCUCUACGAGCUACAUUACAGAUUUUUUCAACAGGAAGCAUCACAGUAACAGGGCCCAAUGUAAAGGCUGUCGCUACUGCCGUGGAACAGAUUUACCCGUUUGUGUUCGAAAGCAGGAAAGAGAUUUUAUAAUUCAUCACUUCAUUGGUUAGAAUCCCUAACUGAGCACCUUUUAAAACCUGCUGCACAUUGGACUCAAAACAAAAGGAAACUGGACCAACAGUAAUUGAGAAAAUAGACUCUUUUAUUCAUUCACGGCUACAGUGUAAAAAGUUCCAGUCCCUUUGGAUUUUAUUUCAAACUUUGCUGUAAUAUAAAAAGGAAGUUUACAAGACAUGACAUUGCUGCUUUUACAGAAGGACAUUCUAUUUAUUUUCGCAGUAAUUCUCAUGUCCCCAUAAGCAGAGCUGUCACAGUGUGCACUACCUUAAAUUGUUUUGUUGUUAUUUUUUUCCAGUUUGAGCUAAUGUGUUUUAUUUGUGAAUAGUCUUUUACAUUUUUGUAUGCUGAAUAUGGGCACCAAAGAACCUGUAAAAGUUAUCUUUUUCAAUUGAAUAUGCACAAAUAAAAGUUUGGAAAAGGUCUCUCUUCA